AUGAUAAGGACGGCGUGGAGUGCAGAGUUACUGGACAGCUCGCUAAUGUUGCAGGUGACAGCGCGAGGGAGGACGAUGGCGGCCGGCGGCGAGUUCGUCGAUGGCUGGCUCGUCGCGCAAGUCUUAGGAGAAGGUGCAUACGGAGAGGUCCGGCUGCUGGUUCACGCGCGCUCCGGCGCCGCCGUGGCGCUGAAGGUGGUGCGCGGCGCCGGCGCGGACGCCGAGGCUCAGGCGGGCGCCGCGCGCGAGGCCGCCCUGCACCGCGCGCUGCGCCACCCGCACGUGCUGCGCUGCCUGGGCGAGCGCGUGCACGCGGGCCAGCACUACAUGUUCCUGGAGUACGCUGCGGGCGGCGAGCUGUUCGACCGCAUCGAGCCCGACUUGGGCAUGUGCGAGGCGCAGGCGCGCCGCUACUGGCGCCAGCUGCUGGCGGGCCUACAGUACCUGCACGCGCGCGGCGUGGCUCACCGCGACAUCAAGCCGGAGAACCUGCUGCUCGACCAGAACGACAACGUCAAGAUAUCGGACUUCGGCAUGGCGACGCUCUUCAGACACGGAAGCCGCGAGCGGCUGCUGUCGCGCGUGUGCGGCACCGUGCCGUACGCCGCGCCCGAGGUGCUGCGCGCGCCCGCCGCGCCCUACCGCGCGCCGCCCGCCGACCUGUGGGCCGCCGCGCUCGUGCUGCUGGCCAUGCUCGCCGGAGGUGAGCGUCCCGAGCGCUCCCGCAGCCCCCCGCCGCCCCCGCCCCCGCCGCCGCCGUCGCCGCUCCGCCGCGCGGCUCGUCUCUUUGGUAUCCUAGCUGUAGGCGUGCUCGCAGACCCUAAAGUUAUGUCGUCAUCCCCGCCCUCACCCGAUAUCGCUGACGGCGUGCUAUGUAUUUUCGAAGAGCUGCCGUGGGAGCGUGCGUGCGACGACGACUCGCGCUACGCGGAGUGGUGCGCCUGGAGCGAGGGCGUCGUGCGCGGAGGCCCGCCGGCGCGCGGCCCCUGGCGCAAGCUGAGCGCGCCCGCGCUGGCGCUGCUGAGGCGCGCGCUCGCCCCCGCGCCCACCGCGCGGGCCCCCCUCUCCGCGCUGCUGGACCACGAAUGGGUGCGCCACGGUCAGUACUGCACAGUUUUACAUAUUUACCUCCCGCCCGACGGGGUAGAUAAGUCGGCCGACUUCGGGUCGCGCUGUGAAAUUCGACCGAUAACCUGA